CAGACCUCCACCUCUUGUGUCACUACUUUUACAAGUUACGUGACUUCUUUUUACAACUUUAGUUUUGAAUUCUAGAAAAACUUGUUGUUGUUACGUCAUUUGCAGUUAGUUUCUUUCUUUGGAGUGAAAUAGUUUCUUGAAUUCUAAGGCCAAUGUGAUUGUUGUGACGUCAUUUGAUUAAAUAACUCGUCUGUGCGUCAGCUGCAUACAGGUGAUAUAAUAAAAGCAAAAGGACGAUGCAGCCGCGUCGCACACGCGAUGGGGUGCGGUUUGCGUCGCCUGCUAUGCUUGACGCAAUUAUGGAUCUCACGGAAGAGAAUGGACCACUGACGCAAGAUGAGGGAUCUCCAGGAGACCUCGUUGGCCUCGUCGAGGCAAAAGCACGAGCUGGGAAGAAAAGUGUCUUUGUGCCACUUCCGGGAACGACAGGGCGUAGAGCGAGUCAAGGUGGUGGGAAUGAAGAAGCGAGGACGGGUGAUGUGGACGCAGAUUUAUGAGACAAUUUUUGAUUUGAUCACGAUCAGUCAUCUACAUCUUCUGGGUUACAACCUUAUAAUAUAUAGAUUUGAUUCACUUCCUCCUUCUCGUCCACAAGGAUUCAUAGAAAUUGAAAUUUGGCGAUUCAACAUGUCCUCCUUGUUUGAAAUAAGUUGUCUUUGUUUCAGCAACGAACAUAAGUGUACUGUAGCUCGUCUCCUUGUCUACCUCUUCUAAGACCCGGUUCACCCAAAAGCGAACGAAUCAAGGAAGAUUUGAAGCAGCUCGUGCGCGAUUUAGAGAAGAAGAUUAUCACCUUUAUCGCUCGCAAUACUGUCCUGAAGCGAGAUUUUCCGAAGCUCGUGCAGACAGAGACGGAAGCGGUCGUCACGUCUGCAAUCGAAGCAGCUGACUUCGUCAAACGAGGGUCAAACGAGCAGACAGGACAGAGUGGAGGAAUGACUGUUAAGAACGCCCACGACGCUUUCAUUUCCGCAGGUCAACUAGUUGGAAUACUGAGAUGAAAGUGAACCUAAGAAGUGAAUUGGAAUUUACUUAUAUGUUUUCUUCUACUCGGAAUACUGAGAUGAAAGUGAACCUAAGUAGAAGUUGGAAUUUUUGUUUUGAGCAGCCCUAAGAGGACUGCAGAAGAGAUGCGAGAAGGACUGAAGGAAGACGUUUUGUUGGAGGUGAAAGAAGAGCUUCGGAGCAUUUUUCAAGAGCGGGAACAGGAGACAACCGAGAAGUACGAGCAAGCGAUUGCAGAUUUGAAGAAGCAAAUUAUAGGUCUACAAGCAUCUACUUUAACGAGAACAUCCGUGUGGUCCCAAGAAGAUCGCGACCAGAUUGCUGAGCUUGUGAAGCAAGAGGUUUUGUCUGCCAGUGGCAGUGUGUCCGUGUCCGCGCCUGAAGCGUCAACAGCUGGAGAAACAGUACAACAGCAACUGCAACUUGUAACCGAAUUGCAGAACCGCCAGGACGCAAUGGACCUCAAGCUCCAGGAGACUGAGAGUAGUCUUGUAGACUUGGAGAACAAGAUCGAUGAACAGGAACAGGCAAGCGAAAGCGCACAGUCGGGUUUGAAGAACGACAUAGACACCCUCAGCCAGAAGAUGGAGAUCAUGCGGGCGAGGCGUGAGGAUCACGCAGAACGACUGACGAAAAUCGAACUACAACUUCGACGUGGUGCAAUACUGAAUCCUGGCACAAGAGCGUCUACCAGUAGAGGCUCGUUUCUGGCUCCUUCCGAAGACCAACAGGCUGGUGCUCUUGUUGUUCCAGCCUCUUCUCGAAGUAAUGACAGAAGUGAGCACGAAAUCGACAACAACGUUGACAACAACAAGUCGAAACAAGAAGAUCGUAUCGGUAUCGGAGGAGGUCGCGUUGCGCCAACUGCUCUUGUCGAUUCAGACGGAAACGUGCCUGAGAGUGUUGAAGCCACAAUCCGGGCUGCUGUUGACUCGCGGAUGAGAGAGUUGGUGGAUAAUGUCGAGCUGGUCAAGACCGCCACAAUGCGCUUUCAGGAAAUGUGCGAUGAGUUGCAGAAAGGGAAAGCAGGAGGUCAGCUGGACGAGGUUGGGAUGAAUAACACUCCAGCUACAAGAACUCCAGCCACCACUCCCGUUGAGAUUAUGGGUGGUACCAAAACGGUCAUCCUUUACGCCAUCUUUUGGCCGUUUCCUUCUUGGUUUAACAAGCUAAAAGACGUUCUAAAGGAUGGGUUGUUUGUGCCUCUAAUGAGACCAGCGCCGCCAGUAAUGUGAAAUCGAACGUAGACUUCCUACAGCUGCAGGGAAUCAGAGCAGACAUGGAGCUUCUACAAGUGCAGAGUCGCGAGUUUCGAGUGGGGGUGGACAAAACCCUGGCCGCAAGGGAGCGAACCUUGCUGGAGCACGCUGCAAAGCAGGUAGCCGAGGCGCGCGAAGAGGCCCGUUCUGCCCUCAACGAGCAUUGCACGACAGAGUGGAAACGGUACAAGGUUAAGGCUUAUUUAGUCGAUCUUCUGUUGGAGCGUCUUGGAGCUGCACUGUGAGCACUGAGCAGUUUCAAGAUGAAUCUUCUCAAGAUGCAUUAUGAAGAUGCAUUUGGGCGAGCUCUAAGAAAGAAAGCGUAAAAGCCGAGGUGGAUCGCCUACAUGCGGAUUUGACUACCAAAGUAGCUGAGUUUCAAUCCCGUGUCUGUGAGUUCCAAUCACGUAUGUCACGAGCAGAAAGCGACUUAGGGACACGACUCCAAGAAAUGCAGGUAAAAGUCGCCUCUGGGAACGCGGGUUUUGAUACCCGAAUGGAAGCCCAAGAAGCCUGGACGGUAGCUCUCGUGCAGAAAAAUCGCAAUGAAGUGGAAACUCACGUCGAAAGCAGUCUAGAGGCCAUGCUGAAAUCUCGACUAUUAAGGUUGUAGUUCUUCACGACUAUCGCAGUCCCAUGUGGACUAGGCUGAGUGAGAUUCCCAGAUUCCGAUUGGCUCCUAAAGGGGAAACCAAGGCCGUGCAAAGGGGCAACUCACUCAACCUACCACGGAUAGUGAAAAACUAGCGUUAAGACUAGCAGAGGAACACGCUGGCACAGAGGAGCUGUUGCGAGGGUCGGAGAUGCGGUUAAGGGAACACUUUGGAGGACUCCAGUCUUCGUUCCAGCAGAGCAUAAUGCGCGAAGUGACGGCAGCACUACAGUCGAAAACAAGCGCAGGAGUAGGGCAUCUUCAUCUUGCACCUCAGCCACUGGUUGUUGACGAUGAUGGAGGCGUGGUAGCAACUGCAAAUACAACAUCGAGCAGUAGCACCAGAAAAAGUACUUCUAGUAAUACAACUGGUGGUCCUUUACUUACUGAUGUUACGGCUACAAUAAAUGCAUCUUCACAGGCAUCCUGAGACCGUUUUUCAAGGGGAAAGCAGGCCCAAGAUGCUGCUGAAGAUGGAUUUCCCCUAGUUCUAAUGGUGGCGGUGCAACUGCUUCAUCGAAAGAUCUCCAGCUAUCUUCUACUACAACAACUCCAGGAGGGGGAGGGCCAUUCUCACCACAGCAACUCCAAGCGCUCAUCCAAGACCAUUUGGAACAUCUUCUAUUACAUAAUCAUGGCCCUAAUCAUGAGUCCGAAUCGCACUUCCUCCUAGCGCUUGAGGACGAAAUUCAAUCGAAGGUGGAACCGCUAGUGGAGGCUAAGUGUAUACAGUUGGCUCGAAAAGAAGUCGCAAACCUACUUUUUGUUAAGGCUCAAGAACUUUCAUGAUUGGUCAUUCUUGAAGUUGGUCACUGACAGCACCGAAGCGGAGCAGACUCCUUGAGACAACACGGGAAAUCUAAGGGAAGAAGGGGACGAAAGCUCUGUAUUAUAAGGGGCCUUGUCCCGUUCAGAGUCAGUGACCAAUGACUGCUGACCUUUAAUUUUGACAAAGAAAGCACUUGGACUGCUGAUAUAGACACCUUGCGCCAAGCACUAGCUCUCAAAUACGAUCGGGGAUCACUGGAAGCUGUGUUCGAGCAGAUACUGGUCUUAUGAGAUGAAUCGACUAUUGUUUGUAGCAGGUUUUUUUCUUAUAAGUACAGAUUUUGAGCUUGAGGCACUAGACCAGAAGAAGAGCGACGAGAGCCCCUUCACCAUAGUUUACUGUUUACCCAAGUGGCGCUAGUGCUGAUGCAGGUGGUCGACUAUUGUUUGUAGGUUCUGAGCUUGAGUCGCAGUACUCUUUUGAUCCAUCUCUAACCGACGCUUGUCUUUUCAAAGACGGCAGUGUAUGUUGCGACUCGCUGACGAGUAUGGUUCGACGUAUCGCCUUACAAGAGAUGAAGUCAGUCACGGCUGGCACACCCAGAACUGCUGCCGGUCGACGUGCUUCUGGAAGAGCCUCUGUUAAGGUUGUUGUUUUUGCUAAGUCGUUUUUCGCGCAAGGAAGUUGGCAUAGUGAAAAACUACAAAUAACCGUCAGGAGAGGCAUCCCGUUCUACUUCCAACUCUAACGUUCCUGCUUUCCUGUCUCAGCAGCAGCAACUUUCGGCCACACCGACGGCCGAAGGCGAAGCACAACCUAUACUAGGUAGCACGAACAGUGCGAUGGCAAUCGAAGAAGGUGGCGAGCAAGGUGGUUCGCAUUUGCUAGUGACGCUUGUACAGCAGCACGUCGCACAGGCAGCAGAAAAAUUGAAGAGUGAGCUUCAGGAGUCGCUAAUUCCGAAUGCGGUUAAGCAACACUGGUCACGCGUGCUUCGUAGUGUGGGAGGGGAGGAAGAAGAUCUUGAACUUGAUGAUCUUGAAAUGUCAGGUUCUGGAAGUUAUAUGCUACGAGAUGUUGGUAGUGCUGGAGGUAGUAAGGCAUUUUCUGCAGCAACUUCUGGAGAUGGAAGUGAACAGUUACUUGCUGUAAAGUCAUGGCGGGAAAGGGCACAGUUAGAAGGGAUUCAUGUACCCAGUACCAGUCCAAUCGAAGAUACCUAGUCUAAAUAGCUGAGCUUCUUCAAAGGACAGCAUGAUGAUGAUCACAGUCGUGACAAUGUGAACAAAAGGAUUGUUGACCUUGAGGACUGAUGUUGUUGUAGUUGCUUGUUGAGCUUCUUUUUCCUCUAGUUGAAGAGUAAUGCGAUUUGUCGUAAAUGCGGUUUGUCGUAAUGCGAUUUGUCGAUGCCGGUCUUUCGACAUCAAUCUUCAGCUUCAAAUGC